AUGGACCCAGAAGGAGUUCCUCCUCCAGUGAACAUGGCUCUGCCAGAUCCAGUGUUGAUUGAAGACUCCGACCUCACAAGCUGGGAUUUGAUCGGCUCCGGGUUAUAUGGAGAAAUCUUCAAAGCCAGGCAUCAGGGGUGGUGCCUAGACGUGGCCAUUAAGCUGUUUCAUUACUAUGACGGGACCAGUUCAUCUUUGUGGCGGGAGGUCGACAUGAUGCGUCAAGAAAGCAGUGAGUAUGUUAUGCAGGUCCUCGGUGUCUUCAGGGGUCGACCCCAGGACUCUGGACCCUCAGCCCAGCUGGGUCUGGUCAUGAAGUACAUGGAGAAAGGAUCUCUGGACUCUCUACAGAAAACUUUAGACGGAGUUCCACCGUUACCGCUGGUCUUCAGGCUGGCUCACCAGGUGGCUCUGGGGAUAAACUUCCUCCACAGCCUCCCCACUCCCAUCCUCCACCUGGACCUGAAGCCCAACAACGUGCUGCUGGACUCGUAUCUCAAUGCCAAGCUCACAGGUUUUGGGCUUUGUAAGCCUUUUCCGAAUAAGGCUCUGUUUUCCGAGAGGAAUAAAGAAGACGGGGGAGGGACGGUCAGAUACAUGCCACCGGAGGCUUUUACAUCAAAUUACCAACCUUCACAAGCCUUUGAUAUCUACAGCUAUGGUAUCCUGCUGUGGUCCAUCGCCACAGGGAAACAACCGUAUUCAUAUGCACCAACCAGCGUUGUGAUAUCCCAGAUCCUCAGGGGACAUCGACCAUCGCUGGAAGAGCUCAGCAUCCGGGCUGCAGACCAGGAGGAGCUGAGAGGACUGAUGGAGCUCAUGAAAAUAUGCUGGAAGACCAGGGCCAACCAAAGACCCUCAUCCUUGGAAUGUACAAACAUCACAGAGGAACUGUAUGAGAGGCACGAACAUGGAAUUAAUAAUGCCGUCUUUGAAGUGCUGAAAAAACUGCGGGAGCAGAAGGAACAAGACAAACUGACGGAAGAUCUUCACUGGCUUCGCGUUGAUCCGGACUCAGGUUUUACAAAUUCUUUCACUUUCAAAAGAUGA